AUGAACUUUCCCGGGACCGCUCCUCCGACUGCUGCCACCGCCGCCGCUGCGGGCGCAAUGCCCACACCCGGCGGACCUCAAGAUCCCAACGUCAAAGCUGUUCAAGCUGCGAUGGAGUCUUGUUAUGGAAAGUCGGUCAUGUCUGGAGUGAUGGGUUUUGGUAUGGGCGGUGUAUUUGGAAUGUUUAUGGCUUCUAUGUCCUACGAUACACCCUACCACACAGCCGCCCCCGGUGCCCCGCAGACGACAAUCAGCUCCCUCCCGCUAAAAGAGCAGCUCAGAAUCGGCUUCAAGGACAUGGGAACACGGUCAUGGUCCAUGGCCAAGAACUUUGGCAAGGUUGGAGCUCUAUACUCGGGCAUCGAGUGCGGUGUCGAGGGUCUCCGCGCAAAGAACGACCUCACCAACAGUGUCGCAGCCGGAUGUCUGACGGGCGGUGUUCUCGCAAAGAACGCUGGUCCUCAGGCUGCUGCUGGUGGAUGCUUGGCGUUUGCGGCGUUUAGUGCUGCUAUUGAUGCUUGGAUGAGGUCGCCUGCCAAGGAUGAGUAA